AGCACACAAGAUGGCGCUGUCGCUAUAGCAACGAGCUGCAGUCAGAAAACCGCCGAAGGAAAAACGACACUGUUUUUAGACGGGACGCUUCUUCAUCCUCUCCGUGUGGCAUCAUGAGCGUGCCGGACUACCUGCAGUGUGCUGAAGAUCACCAGACGGUGCUGGUUCUGGUGCAGCCGCUGGGCGCCGUCCCUGAGGACGACUUUUUCAGCGUGUACAAGCGCGUGGCCAGUGUGUCUCAAGUUAGCGUGGGAGAUAACCAGCGCUCUCUGUCUGUGCGCUACCGACACCACUACGCCCCCGAGAACGGGGAGUGGGGCGAGUUCCAAUCGCACCGCAGGGUCGUGGGGCUGGUGGCCGUGGCCUGGUGUCCGACGGCGGGCAGCGAGUGGGCGCUCACGUCCGAGAGAUUCCGGGCCAUGAAGGAGAGGCUCGGGCCGGCGCUGUACGACUCGCGCCUGCUGACAUUCGGGCUGAGUGGACAAGCCACCGCCGAGCUCCAGAGACCCGACAUGGCCUUCUUCCCCACCUACGACAACUGCCCCGAGCUCGAGAAAACCGUGGAGGACUUCAUCCAGUCCAUCUUCAUCGUGCUUGAGUCCAAAAGGCUGGAUCGGGCCACGGAUAAAUCCGGGGAUAAGAUCCCACUCAUGUGCGUGCCGUUCGAGAAGAAGGACUUUGUGGGAUUGGACACAGACAGCAGGCACUAUAAGAAGCGGUGUCAGGGCCGGAUGAGGAAGCACGUGGGGGAUCUGUGUCUGCAGGCGGGAAUGAUCCAGGAUGCUCUGGUGCACUACCACAUGGCCGUGGAGCUGCUGCGCUCUGUCAACGACUUCCUCUGGCUGGGGGCUGCUCUGGAGGGUCUCUGCUCAGCCUCGGUGAUAAUCCAUUACCCAGGAGGCACGGCCGGAAAGGGCGGCGCACGCAAACCCGUCAUCUCCACGGCGACAGACGGUGGGAAGAGACACCGACCAGGAGCUCAGGAGGUUCUCAUUGACCCAGGUGCUCUGACCUCCAGCAGUGGCAUCAGUGCAGACACCAGCAGUGAGAUUGGCCGAGCCAAGAACUGUCUGAGUCCAGAGGACAUCAUCGAGAAGUACAAAGAGGCCAUCUCUUAUUACGGAAAGUAUAAGAACGCCGGGGUGAUUGAGUUGGAGGCGUGUGUGAAAGCAGUGCGAGUUUUGGCCAUUCAGAAGCGAGCCAUGGAGGCAUCAGAGUUCCUGCAGAACGCAGUCUACAUCAACCUGGGCCAGCUUUCUGAAGAGGAGAAGAUCCAGCGCUACAGUGUCCUGUCCGAGCUGUAUGAACUGAUCGGGUUCCACCGGAAGUCUGCGUUCUUUAAGCGUGUAGCGGCCAUGCAGUGCGUGGCUCCUACCAUCCCCGAGCCGGGCUGGAAGGCUUGUUACAGAUUACUGCUGGAGACUCUGCCCGGAUACAGCCUCUCUCUCGACCCUAAAGACUUUAGCAAAGGAACUCACCGUGGCUGGGCAGCUGUACAGAUGCGUUUACUACAUGAACUGGUGUAUGCGUCCCGGCGCAUGGGGAACCCCGCCCUCAGCGUCCGCCACCUCUCCUUCCUCUUACAGACCAUGCUGGACUUCCUGUCAGAUCAAGAAAAGAAGGAGGUGACUCAGAGUCUGGAGAACUACACGUCUAAGUGUCCCGGAGGGAUGAACGUCAUCACGCUUCCAGACGGACUCAAACUGGCCCCGGUGCCCUUGACCAAGCUGCCCAUCGUCAGGUCUGUCUCUCUGCUGAAUCUGCCUGCGAGUCUUCGUCCACAUAAAGUGAAGGGUCUGCCCGGGCCGAACGUCAGCUCCGCCAGUCCCUUCAUCUACUCUCCCAUCAGCAUUCACAACAGAGGAGAAGAACGCUCCAAGAAGAUCGAUUUUCAGUGGGUGCAGGGGGACGUGUGUGAGGUGCAGCUGAUGGUGUACAAUCCCAUGCCCUUUGAACUGCGAGUGGAAAACAUGGGUCUGUUGACGUCCGGUGUGGACUUUGAGUCUCUGCCCGCUGCUCUGUCUCUCCCCGCCGAGUCUGGACUCUACCCCGUCACUCUGGUGGGAGUCCCGCGCACCGCCGGCACCAUCACCGUCAGUGGUUACCACACGUCAGUGUUUGGUGUGAGCAGUGACUGUCUGUUGGACAGUUUGGUGGGUGUGAAGUCCAGCGGUUGUGUUGUGGAGGUGGUGCCAUCACUGCCUCGCCUCCAACUCACCACCUCUCUACCACGGGCUGCACGUGUGGGAGCUGAGGAUUUGUCCAGCAGUGUGUCUCUGCAGCUGUUUAAUGGAGAAACUCAGCAGCUCACCAUCACGUUGGAGAACAUCGGCUCUGAGAGUUUAAACACACUGGAGCUGUCCUCUAGAACACUCACUACUAAAGAAAAGUUAUUUGGGGAGUUUGUCAGCUGGGACAUGGAGGACGCUCUGUCUCGUCUCCCUCUGAAACCAGGCCAGGCUCUCACCGUCACCGUCAACAUCCGAGUCAAACUGGACUUCUCUGGUCAGGAGAACCUUCUCCAAGAUCUCAACGAUGAUGGUAUCAGUGUGACCGGAUUGCCCAUCUCCAGCCCUCUGAGACAGGUCCUUAAGCCCCGCCCAGAAAACAAGCAAGUCAACUCUGAUGCCAGCAAGAACGAAUACAACAACGUGAAGACUCUGGAGUGUGUGUUGUGUUUCCGCUACAGUGGAGGUCCGGGGCAUGUGGACGGUUACUACAGAGAGCUUAGUCUGGGCAUCAGAGUGGACGUGGAGCCCUCUGUGUUCUUCACCAGGGUCAGCACUCUGCCAGCCACCAGUACACGUCAGUGCCACUUGCUGCUGGAUGUGUUUAAUCCCACUGAACAUGAGCUCACACUCACCGCCAGGAACCAGGAGCUGGUGCUCCACUCCAGCGAGUGUCAGAGGAUGGCCAUCCAGGUGGAUAAGUUUGACUUUGAGAGUCUGCCGCUGCCGUCCCAUGAUGCCGUGCACCGGAGCAGUGUGUAUGAGCGUGAGGAGGAGAAGCAGCAGGUUCAGGGAGGACACAUCAACAGCACACUGCAGCUGUGCUGGACCAUCCCGUCUCUGAAGAGGCAGGGUGAAGCGAGCGUGGAGGGCGUCCUCAACCAGCUGGUCCUGGAGCACCUGCAGCUCGCGCCGCUACAGUGGGAUGUAGAAGUGAACGGUAAAGCAUGUGACUGUGACACGGUAGCUGAGUGUAAGGUGGGCGACGCCGUGCCGCUGGAAGUGAAGCUGACCAAUCGCAGUAAGAGCUCCGUGGGUCCGUUCUCUCUCACCGUGGUGCCGUUUCAGGACUAUCAGAACGGCGUGCAGAACUACGAGCUACAGGAAGUUGUCACCUUCAUCGGCUCUAACUCCUUCUACAUCGAUUCGGUGAAUCCAGCGGGGAACUCGACCUGUGCUGGUGCGUUGCUGUUCCUCUACACCGGGGAUUUCUACCUGAACAUUAAGUUCCAGGACGACAACACGAGCCGAGACCUUCCUCCCACGUGGUUCUGCUUGCCCAGUGUCCACAUCCGAGCACAAGAACCGGUUGAGGCAGCUGCCUGAACUCCAGGACUCUGCGGCACACUGACCUUUUUGGACAGAGCACGUGUACUGUAAUUCUGGGUCACUACUCUGCUGUAGAUCUGCUGGAAACUGGAACCAUUUUUAUUUCAAAUAUAAAAUUGUCUCUAGUUCUACGUCAUCACCGGGCAUUUCCUUAAUAAGGUUUAUUAAUAAAGUUUAUUAAUAAUGUAACAGUACGUCAUAUUACCCCUGACCUGAGACCUGUUACAUCAUCACUCAGA